UCUAGAAGUGCAUGUGACAUGCUACUCAACCAGCAAACAUUGGAAGAAAACUACAUCGCAGCAGAAAUCUACAAAGAAUUCUAUGGCACCCGUGGCAACACAAUUCGAAUCCAAUGGGUCCCAAGUCACAACGGAAUAAACGGAAACGAAAUAGCCGACGCAGAGGCCGUAGCCAAAUCAAGAGAACCCCAAACCUAUUUCAACGGAAUAACGAUGAACGAUGCCCUGAUAGUAAGCAAAGAUGAAGUAUGGGAAGAAUGGACUAGGAAGUACAAGACACUUUCGGAAGAGAAAGGAAGCUGGCACUAUCAACUUCUCGAACAACCCACCAAAACCAUAUGGAACAAAAACCUUGCACUCAACCCAGAACAACUAAAAACCCUAAACAGAAUUAGAACCGGCCACUGCCUAACUAAAGACAAAAGAUUUAAGUGGGGGUGGGAGAUUGAUGAUCAGUGUGAAUGGUGCGACACCACGGAAGACCUACAACACAUUCUGUACGUGUGCCCAAAGUACAACCAUAGCAGAGUAGACUACCCAGCGUUGGAAUACAUGAAGCCCCUCCAAGAUAUUCUACGGGAAAAAAAUGAAGAAGAUCUGAAACAGAUUGUACAGUUUCUAAACUCCAACAAGAUACACAUCUGAACACAAAGUGAGAAGUAU